GAACGUAAAGUGACGUGGCUGGCAUUCCGGCUGCCUUCAGUGGCCUCAGUUGUUGUGCCGCCGUGAAGGAGGACGGUAGCCGUGCGCGCAUACGGAGCACAUUGGUGCCGCUGGCAUUUAGUUAGAUCCGAGUGAUAGUUUUCCCCAGAUCUGCCCGACUUCCCAGACUCACCCGUUUACCCAAAUUCAGUAGUUUCGAAAAAUCGCUUCCGAGUGCUCUUUUUUUGUCUGUGCUUUCUGCUUCUCUCGCCGCCUGCUGAGAGAUCUGAGCGAUCUGAGUGCUGCGUCCAUGGCUGGCGUUUGGAAUUGUGAAGGUCAGCGCGUCGUCGCGAUCGGAAUCGGAAUUGGAAUCGCGUUCGGACUCCCAUUGCAGUGUGUGUCGUAAUCCGGCCAAGAGAUCGCGUUUGGCAGCCGUAAAGAAAAAGAUACGAAAUCUGUUUGCCCAAGACUUGGUGUAAGUGAUACGGGAUAUCUACGCAACCGGACAGUCAUGCACUGCCCAUGCCUCCACUAGCUGCAGUGCAGCAGCGCCGGAAUGUUGGCCGCUGGCGGCAGUGAGACCACUGACUUUGGGCCACACUCGCGGCAGCAAUCGGCGGGCACGUCCACGUCCACGUCCAAGCGAACCCACAGAGCCAGCAGCCACCGUCCUGGUCCAGGUCCUGUUCCUUGUCCUGGUCCUGGUCCUGGCCCAAUGACCACUGGUGGCAACAGCGCAGCCAGCGGUAACGGAAACAGCAGCAGUGGCGCUCUAAGCGCCCUUCCCACGACGAAGGGAGGCGUUAUGUCCGCCACCACGGUGACAGCGACGACGGGGAAGGCGACGGUCAGUCAUGGGCAUGGUCAUGGGCAUGGGCAUGGUCACGGCCACACGAGAGGCGGCCGGAGUGCGGCAGCUGGACGCUCCAACGUGGACGGAUUCGUUGGAGGCAUCGAGACGUAUUUGGGCCUCAUCGGUUGGCGGAAAAAGUGCCUGUACACGCUGCUGCUGCUUCUGAUGCUGCUGAUCAUCACGAACCUGGUGCUCACCCUCUGGAUACUCAAGGUGAUGGAGUUCUCAACGGAGGGCAUGGGGCAGCUGAAAAUCGUACCCGGUGGCAUACAGCUGUCCGGACAAGCGAUAAUUAUGGACAUGCUGCGCGCCUCCACAAUCCGUUCGCGGCACGGCCAACCCAUCUCCAUAGAGUCAUCACGUAACUUUUCAAUCAAUACACGUGAUCCGAAUGGCAUGAUUGAGAAUCAUUUAUUCCUGGGACACGACAAGUUCGAGUGCCUGUCGUCGGGAUUCCGCAUAAACGACACCAACGGACGCAGCCUGUUCUCCGUGAACCGCGAUGAAGUCACCAUCGGAGCACAUGCCCUGCGGAUCGACGGCGAAGGUGGCGCCGUCUUCCGGGAGUCCGUGCAGACGCCCCACGUGCGCGCCGAGCCCGGCCGGGAGCUGAGACUCGAAUCGCCCACACGCCAAUUGGAGAUGACGGCGGCCAAGGACAUCAAUUUGCAGUCGCGCGCAGGAGGCAUAGAAGUCGUGGCCCUGGAAGACGUCAAGUUCCGAGCCCUCGAUGGGAGCCUGCGCCUGGAGUCCUCCAAGAUACUCAUGCCCAACCUGCGGACGGCACAGCCGCCCAUUCUGGGCACUGCCCAAAGCAGGGAUCACAUGCAUCGCGUCUUCCAGCUCUGCGCCUGCUCCAAUGGAAAGCUCUUCCUGGCGGCACCCCACUCCAUAUGUGCCGGCGAUGAUUCCACUGUCUGCAGAUGAUUGCACGACUCGGCGCGCUGGCAGUCCACACCCACAUCCGCAUCCGCAUCGUCCACAUCCAAUAGAUCUCGGUUAAGAUCCCGCUCCGAAACGGACACGGAUGCGGAUACGGACACUGAUUAGGGAGCUGGGUCUCCGGAGUUUUGACAGACCGGUAUGCAAGUAUGCAAGUAUGCGAUUCAUGGCGGAACGCGGAGCAAAUCACAGCCAUAGCCACACCCAUACGCACACGUUCAUGUUGACUUACUCAUAUGCUAACUGGAACAUAGGAUGGUAUAUACCCAACUAGUGCAAAUCACGUACACCCACACACACGUACAUACGAGUAUAUGAUUAUGUACGUACAUGCGUACAUCCUGCGUUCAUAAUCGUUCAUACCCACACACUGUCGAGGGAAUUGUACCCAAACUCGAAGGACAAAAUCAAGAGCUUCUUAGACACUUGGAUGUUGUGUACCAGUAUAACCGCAAUUCGGCAAUUCGGCUAUACAUAUAGGCAUAGUACCCAUAGACCUAUAAAAUAUCACGAGUAAUGGAGUAAUUAAAUAGACAGAUAUGAUAUCAUAGUCAAGCGUAGGAUGCCGUCACAGUCGAAUCCCACAUCAGUAUUGGCGUUAAGUCUAAACCCCUCAGAUUGAAUCAGAUUGAAUGAAAAUCGGUUAAAGUUUAGUUUUAGCAGAAAUCACACCACACACACACAGCUCGCCUUAAACACAAAGAAUGUAUUUCUACUAGUUUUCGAUUAUGAAUAUACGCUAAUGUUUACCAUGAACUCAAACGAUUAUUCUUUAUAAGUAACUGAGUAUCAUCUGAUCCGUUUCCACAAAGCAGUCCAGAGAUAUUGUACAUAAGACUGUCGAACUCAAGAACUCAAGAACUGCAAAACUGCAGCUUAUCAUCCAUCACGAAUACAGAUACAAAUACAAACUGAAUAGGACCUACUCAUAACCGAAUUCAUGUAGAUAUUUUCGCGAACACUAAUGAAAUUUAGAAAAUUUUUAUACGAUAACUACAUACUACGAUCAGAAUAUCCAAAACCCGAAGCAAACACAAUACGAAGACAAUGAAUAAAUAUCAUCCAAUAAGUCGCAAGAGCUAUUUAUACCUAUACCUAAAUAUACCUAUACCUAGAUACAGAUACAGAUACAGAUAUUAACUGAGAUUCGAGUAUGAGUAUGAGUAUCAAUAUGAAUACAGAAAUAAAUAUGGGUAACUGAGUUUCGAUAUGGCUAUGGAUAUAAAUACGAAUAUAAAUAUGAAUAUAAAUAUGAUAAAUAUGAUUAUAAAUAUGAAUAUGAAUAGAGUUGAAUAUGAAAUUGCCGUUGAAUUUGUCAAGUGCGGGAGCACUGAUAUAUAGAUAUAUAUGAAUAAAUGAAUGUAUAUGUAUAUGUAUAUGUAUCAGUAUGUAUGUACACCCAAUGCAAAUGCUUUUAAAUGGACAUUAAGUAUAAUUUGUUGUUGGUUUUUUUUUAGCACGAUUAGGAAACAUAAAAACGUAAUAUAGGGAAAAUACAGAAUCAUAUAUCUACAUACUACAUAUAUUGUAAUACAGCAAAUACAGCAUACUUACAACAAAUACAUGCGUCAAGAAC